CAAUUAAGCUUUCGAGCCCUGCUCCGAUUCACUUCUUUCAUUCGGCGAGAAAGAGAGGGAGAGCGAACGAACAUGUCAACGAAUCACGAUAGAUUUUCUGUGGAGGAUAUCAGUCUCCUGUAGAUGGAAAUCCGUCGCCUCGCCGUUCUCUGCUCUCACCUUCGUCAGGUUGAUUCGGGCCCUUCUAUUUCUACUUCUACCUCGACGAAAUGGCUUAGAUCAAUCUGUACUUCGUGGGUUUCCACGUCGAAUUGUGUUUCCACCUCGGGUGAUCAACACAUGCAAGAUUCUAAGAAGGUUAAUGAAGAGAAGGAUUGCGUUUUCUGCAGGAUUAUAGGAGGUGAAUCCCCUGCAUUCAAGCUCUAUGAAGAUGACACAUGCCUGUGCAUUUUGGAUUUAAAUCCUCUGAGUCAUGGACACGCUCUUAUUAUUCCGAAAGCACACUUUUCAUCCUUGGAAACAACCCCUCCUUCUGUGGUUGGAGCCAUGUGUUCUAAAGUGCCCUUUAUUAGCAACGCAAUUAUGAGAGCUACUCAAUGUGAUUCAUUCAAUUUGGUAGUUAACAAUGGAGCAGCUGCCGGACAAGUGAUAUUUCAUACACACCUGCAUAUAGUUCCUCGUAAUGCACGUGAUCGAUUAUGGAAAUCUGAGAGUUUUAGAAGGAAGCCCCUGAAGUUGGACGAGGAAGUGACGCAACUUGCAGAUCGCAUUCAGAAACAGCUGAGGAUUGUAGAUGACAAAAGCAAAGAUGGCAAGGCUGAAUAGUCCAGUUCUGCCGAAAACUAGAUGGGUACGGGUGCUAUUUGUAUUUUAUGUAUACGAUGAUAAAGCAUGCAUUCCAAUUUUUUUCACCAUAUAUAGAAUGAGUCGGUAUGUCACAAAUUUGAGGAUUUCUUUUAAUCACUGUACAGUACUUGAUUUCCAUGCUUACGAAAUUAUAAUUGUUUC